UCAGAAUAUUUAAUGUGCGCACGGUGUGCUCAACACCUUUUUGAAGAGUUUCAGGUGGAGAUGGCAGUUCUUCGUGCAGCUGGAGUUUUUUCCAAAUUUGCAACUAGCAAAUGUCCUCCAUUGUCAGGUCAUGCCAGCCGAAGCCUCUCAUUGUCUUCAUCAUUGGCAGUUACUAGCGUGCAGUCUUCUUCUCCACUACCUGUGUUGGCACAAUGCUGGGUAUAUUGGCACAUUAUCGCCACCUGUAGCUCGAACACACGUCAGCUACGAGCUCAAGGAUGAUGUGGCAGUUAUACGACUCAAUGAUCCAACAGCCAAGGUGAACACCCUGACAUGGCAGUUGCAGUCUGAACUGAUGGCGGUGAUGGAGGAGAUCUGGGCCAACAGUGCUGUGAAAAGUGUCGUCCUUAUCUCCCGCAAGCCUGGCAACUUCCUCGCCGGGGCAGAUAUCAAAAUAAUCCAAUCUGCCAAUAGCAGUGAGGAGGCCGCGGGGUUCUCUCACAAAGUUCAGAAGAACCUUGAGAAGUUCGAGAAGUCACCCAUCCCUAUUGUCGCUGCCAUCCACGGCUUCUGCCUGGGUGGAGGCCUUGAGUUGGCGAUAGCUUGCCAGUACCGAAUCGCCACAAAAAGCAAAAACACGUUCCUGGGGACACCAGAGGUGAAGCUGGGACUGCUGCCUGGAUUAGGCGGCACUCAGAGACUGCCUAAAUUGGUGGGUCUCCCCGAAGCGUUGGAUAUGAUGCUGACAGGCAGGAACAUCAGCGCAGACAGAGCUAAGAAGAUGGGUCUAGUGCACCUGCUUGUGGACCCUCUGGGUCCUGGCACGAAGCCUGCAGAGGAGAGGACUAUUGAAUACCUCGAGGAAGUUGCAGUGGGCGUGGCCAAGGGAAUCUCCAACAAGCAGGUUCCCCUUACAAAGGAGAAGAGCCUCAUGCAGAAGCUGCAGGACACAGUGAUAGGCCUGGGUCAGGUGAGGAAGAUGAUCUAUAAGACCGCAAGUGAGAAGGUCCAGAAACAGACUAAAGGUCUCUACCCUGCUCCUAUCAAAAUCAUUGAGUCUGUCAAGACUGGACUGGAGCACGGCACAGAGGCAGGUUAUCUGGCUGAAAGUAAGAACUUUGGGAAGCUGGCAAUGACUUCAGAGGCCAAUGCUCUGAUUGGCCUUUACCAUGGUCAAGUGACUUGUAAGAAAAACCACUUUGGGACCCCGGAGAAGGACGUGAAGAGGCUGGCAAUCCUGGGUGCAGGGUUGAUGGGUGCUGGUAUAGCCCAGGUAUCAGUACAUAAAGGCCUGACCGCCAUCCUAAAGGACACCACAGAGGAGAGCAUCAGCAGGGGACAUGAGCAGGUCUACAAAAGUCUUAACACUAAGGUGAAGAAGAGAGCCUUGACAUCAUUUGAGCGUGACGUCACAAUGUCCAAUCUCUCAGUCCAGCUUGACUACUCUGGUUUCCAGUCUGCUGACAUAGUGAUAGAGGCCGUGUCCGAGGACAUCAAUAUAAAACACAAAGUCCUCAAGGAGGUGGAGGCGGUAAUCUCUCCCCACUGCAUUUUUGCCUCCAACACCUCCACUCUGCCCAUCAAGGACAUCGCAGCUACCAGCAAACGCCCUGAAAAGGUGAUUGGCAUGCACUAUUUCUCCCCGGUGGACAAGAUGCCGUUGCUGGAGAUCAUCACCACAGAUGAGACCUCUAAAGACACCUUGGCCUCUGCUGUCAGCGUGGGCCUCAAACAGGGCAAGGUUAUCAUUGUUGUCAGGGAUAGUCCAGGGUUUUACGCCAAUCGCUGCAUCUUUCAGACAAUGGCAGAGGCUAUAAUACUUUUGCAGGAAGGUGCUGAGCCAAAGAAACUGGACUCCCUGAUGACGAGCUUUGGUUAUCCCAUCGGCCCUGUAUCGUUGUCUGACGAAGUUGGUUUGGAUAUAGCAGCACACGUAGCAGAGAAUCUGACCAAGGCCUUUGGUGUUGAAGGAGGACAUUCUGCCCACACAAUUCUUAGUGAUCUUUCAGAGAGAGGCUUCAAAGGUCGCAAAUCUGGAAAAGGCAUAUACCUCUAUGAAGGUGGAACAAAAGACAGGAGUGUGAAUCCUGAAGCUGAAGAAAUCUUGAAGAAAUACAACAUGGCAGCUCCUCCUGCAGUUUCUUCAGACUCUGACCGCCAGUACCGGCUGGUGUCUCGCUUUGUAAAUGAGGCAGUUCUGUGUCUCCAGGAGGGAAUACUGAGAAACCCAGUAGAGGGAGACAUUGGAGCCGUGUUCGGUUGCGGCUUCCCUCCCUUCCAUGGUGGUCCGUUCAGGUUUGUAGACUCGAUGGGCGCAGAGCGUCUUGUGAGCAUCAUGAGACGUUUUGAGGAUGUUUACGGAAGCCGGUUCACACCCUGCCACCUUCUACUGGACCACGCCAAAGACCCCAGCAAGAAGUUUCACUAAUGGUCCAAUUUUCAAACUUGUAAAACUAUAUCUGUUUUUAUUUUGUUUUAUUACAAAUGUUUGGCAAACUGGAUGUGACUUGACUGGAUAAGACAAAGUGUACUGAAGGUAUGCACUAUAGUUUUGUUUCUUUUUCUUAUUUAUUAUUUAUUUAAUUCCUCUUGUACUGAUAGUUCUUUAUGUUGAUGGCUCUCAAUGAGUCAAAUUCAGAAACUGCGUGGAGUCACAGUUUGAUACUGUUAGGUGGACUUUUGGAUUGUUAAACUAUUUAUCUGAUUUCAGUUGUGUAAAGAGUUCCUUGCACUACACUACACUACCCACAAGCUUUAGCAAGUUCCCACCAAUCAAACAGGUCACUUGUAGCGCCAAUGGCGGAAAGUACAUUUACCCAAUUAUUGAACAAUUUUGAGGUACUUGUACUUUACCUGAGUAUUUUAGUUUUAUGCUACUUUAUUCUUCACCACAUUCCAGAGGA